GACGCUGCUGAAUUCUUUCUCAGUCUCACUCGUUUCACAUUAUCGACGUGCAGCGCUUUUUUGCGUGGCCACGUUAAACCACGUGCUGCUCGCAGCUUCGCUUUUUCGUUUCGUCGCUCCGCCGUCCGUCUCACUAACGGCAGCGAUGGCGGAUCCAGCAGCAACGACGGCAGUUCCUCCUCCGGUGUCUCCGGCUCUUUCCCCGGCCGCCAGCCCGGGCUCCGAGCCUCCUUCGGCGGCUCUCUCGCCGUGUUCAGGCGGCGCCCAGCGGCUCCUCUUCUCGCACGACCUGGUCUCGGGUCGCCACCGCGGCUCCCUGCGGUUCGGCCUGGUGCGAAUGAUUCACGGCGAGGAGGAUUUCGAGGAGUCCGACUCGGAUGUGGAGGAUGGCGGUGGGAGAGGAGGAGGAGGAGGAGGAGGCGGUGGCGGCGGUGGCGGUGGCGGCGGCGGCGGAGGUGGUGGUGGUGGUGGAGGAAGCGGCGGCGGUGGAGGUGGCGGCGGGGGAGGAGGAGGCUGCGUCCCCGGGAAUUCAGACACGGAGAGCGGUGCGGCGGACUCCCGGUCAUGGCCUCUCGGGAGGGGCUUCGUACGGGUGCAGUGGUACCCCGAAGGGACAAAGCAGGAUGUUCGGGAGACGAAGCUGAAACUUGAAGAUCGAUCCAUUGUGCCUAGAGACUUCGUGCGCAGAAUGAAUUCAAAUGACAAGCAGUGUGGAAUAGUGACCAACAUCAACACAGAGUGUGCUGUGAAGCUGGUGGGGACCAACUGUUGUCUUUAUCCUGUAAAUAGUCGUGACCUGCAGCACAUCUGGUCUUUUAUGUACGGUGAUUACAUUGUCUAUGACUUCUGGUUGGGGAAGGUGUACGACCUCAGCAAUCACAUCAUCCUGAAACUCUCCAACGGAGCGAGAUGUUCGAUGAGUGAAGAAGACGGUGCCAAACUCUAUGAUGUUUACCCACACGUCAGCGAUUCGGGGCUGUUCUUUGAUGAAGCGUACGGAUUCUACCCGGGGCAGGUCCUGAUUGGACCGGCUAAGGUUUUUUCCAACGUGCAGUGGCUCUAUGGCGUGAAGCCCGUCCUCAGUAAGAAGAGCAAGUUCAGAGUGGUCGUGGAAGAGGUCCAGGUUGUGGAGCUGAAGGUAACGUGGAUUACCAAGAGCUACUCUCCUCAAGGCUCGGACAGCGUCUUCCCCCCUCCCUCCACCAUCACACAGGAGAACCUCUGCAGAGUGAAGCGUUUAGGUUAUUUUGACCACACGCAGAGGCAGCUGGGUGAGAGAGCUCUGUACGUGUUUCCUGCUAAAGGUGAUGCCACACGCAUCACUUGCGAGGGGCCUGAGGGCGCACCUGUCCUACCUGAGGACCCCGUCAUCCGCAAGGUAAAAAGAAUGUUUAAAAAGCACCCUGGAAAGAAGACCACGGAGAGCGCAGACUCGCAGACCAACAGCAUACAGCAGAUAGCAAAGACGGACGAGACUGAAAGUGCAGAUCAGCAUUCUGAGCCUUUGCGGGUCUGUGCAGAGGAAGACACUGUGCCUCAGUGCCCCAAUAAUGGCCCUGUCCCGGCCCCUGAACCAGCAGAGGAUGGAGGGGAGCAGGGGAAUGUUCCUCAGGGCCAGUGGCCUCUGCUGGGUGAGCUGGAGUCUGACGAGGAGCCGGUGGAGGACACGGACGACACCAGCUCCAUCACCUCCUCUGCCAGCUCCACUGCCUCGCUGCAGAGUGGCCCCAGCAGAAAAAAGAGCAUCCCUCUCUCCAUCCGCAACCUCAAGAGGAAACACAAGAAGAAGAAGACAAAGUUCUCCCGGGAGUUCAAACCAGGAGACAGGGUGGCUGUGGAGGUUGUUUCUACUGUUACUUCGGCUGAUGUCAUGUGGAAAGACGGUAGACUGGAGACAGGAAUCCGUUCUAAUGACCUCAUCCCGAUCCAGCACCUGGACAACCAUGAGUUCUGCCCUGGAGAUUAUGUAGUGGACAAACGCCCUCAAGUGGUGCAGGACCCAGGUGUGUAUGGUGUGAUCCAGUCAGGUGACCACAAGGCCCGGACGUGUGUGGUGAAGUGGAUCAAACUGAACUCCACAGGAGAUGAUGUGGAGGUUAUCGGGGAGGAGGAAGACGUCAGUGUUUACGAUAUUGCAGACCAUCCUGACUUCCACUUCCACACCACAGACAUUGUGAUCCGGAUAGGCAACUCUGACUCUGAGGACUUCAAUAAUGAAAGGACUGUUGGACAGGUCUGCAGAGUGGAUGUCAGCAGUAAAGUGGAGGUGGUUUGGGCUGAUAACUCCAAAUCUGUUGUCCUACCUCAGCACCUGUAUAACGUGGAGUCAGAGAUCGAAGAGACGUACUAUGACUCGGCGGAGGGCAGCACCAGCGGAGCGUCGUCGGAGGAGUGGGAGGAUGAAAGCGAUAGCUGGGAGACAGAUAAUGGACAGGUAGAGGAGGAGGCGGGGGCAGGCGGAGAGGAAGCAGUCCCUGCAUCUGCCCCCUGCACAGGAGCGCCAGCUGAGGGUAAAGUCUCUAUACCUAUCAGCACUACAGCCAGCGCAGAUGCACAGGGGACACCUAUACCCGAGCUGAAUGCAGGUGGAGGUGGAGUGCCUUCAUCUGAGGAAAAGCCCAGUAAGGAGACCCCACGCCUGGCCUUCCGUGAAUUGAAGGAGGCACUGAAGAUUCUGGAGAGUUUGAAGAACAUGACUGUAGAGCAGCUGUGGACUGGUUCCCCCACUUCCCCCACCGCAGAGCCAUCAGCCGCAACCGCUGCAACAACGCCGGCUGACGCCAAGCCCACAAAGGAGAAACGCUUCCUGGACGACAUCAAGAAGCUUCAGGAGAACCUGAAGAAGACGCUGGACAACGUGGCCAUCGUGGAGGAGGAGAAGAUGGAGGCUGCAGUGGAGGAGGAGAGGGCGUCGGCCCCUACUGAGCCGCAGACGCCUGUGCGCUCAGAGUGGCCCAGCGAUACACCCGUUCUGUGCCAGCAGAGCGGAGGCAAGCCAGGAGUGACCUUCACCAGUGCCAAGGGAGAGGUCUUCUCUGUGUUGGAGUGGGCACCAGACACUCACACGUUUAAGAAGAUGGAGUUUCAGCCGGCUGAAGCUAAGAAAUUCUUCAGUACGGUCAGGAAAGAGAUGGCUUUGCUGGCCACAUCACUACCAGACGGCAUAAUGGUCAAGACCUUUGAAGACCGCAUGGACCUGUUCUCUGCUCUGAUUAAGGGUCCCACACGUACGCCCUAUGAGGAUGGGCUCUUCCUGUUUGACAUCCAGCUUCCGAAUAUAUACCCUGCUGUCCCCCCUCUCUUCCGCUACCUGUCCCAGUGCAGUGGCCGGCUUAACCCCAACCUCUACGACAACGGCAAAGUGUGCGUCAGUCUGCUGGGCACCUGGAUUGGCAAGGGCACCGAGAGAUGGACCAGUAAGUCGAGUCUCCUGCAGGUGCUCAUCUCCAUUCAAGGCCUGAUUUUGGUCAACGAACCCUAUUACAACGAAGCAGGCUUUGACAGCGACCGCGGCCUGCAGGAGGGCUACGAGAACAGCCGCUGCUACAACGAGAUGGCGCUGAUCAAGAUGGUGCAGUCCAUGACACAGUUGCUCCUACAGCCUGUGGAGGUUUUCCAGCAGGAGAUCCGCGAGCACUUUGUCACCAGCGGCUGGAGGCUGGUGCACCGGCUAGAGGGCUGGCUGGAGCUGGAUGGUGCUGUGGCUGAGCGAGGGCCACGCUGUACCGCGGGUGGCCUGCGGGGGGAGCCACUGGAGGAAAUCCCGCAGGCUCUGGCCCACAGCAGCCCCAGCAAACAGGACCUGAGGAGCGAGGAGGAUCUGGAGGAUUCGGGCCUUAGCCCCUCCACUGUGGGGCCCGCUGGGCCUCCUGGCACAGCAGCGCUGCAGGACCUAAGCCAGAGCUCAGACUGUGAUGGCACUGUGGUAGGAGGGGUUGGAGGAGCUGCAUCGGAGCCUCCAGAAAGCUCUGAAGGGGCAUCCUCCGGUUUCGGGGUGACCCAGCAGGCCGGGAAAACGCUUUCGGAUUCUCAGCCAGCAGUCAGACCAAAGAAGCGAAGGAAGAGCUACCGGAGCUUUCUCCCGGAAAGAAGCGGAUACCCCGAUAUAGGCUUUCCGCUCUUUCCACUUUCCAAAGGAUUUGUGAAGAGUGUGCGGGGUGUACUCCAGCAGUAUAGGGCUGCACUGACCGCCGCCGGCGUCCCCAAGCACCCAGAAGACAAAUAAACCACUAAAUAAACAACAUUUUCCUUCUGUCUUUUCUUUCUUCUCUUUUCUUCGCCUCCCCUUUCAAGAGCUGCACUCAAACCCCUUUAACCCUUCUGACCGCCAGCAAGGCUAAGCCUGCUCUGACAGACAGCCAGUCAUGUCAUGUCUUUGUAGUUGGACAGUGUUACCCCAGCAGCCUUUUUGGAAAAUGCUUUGUUGUUUUGUUUUUUUUUUUCUUUCUUUCUCUCCGGCUGGCCAGUUGUCAUGGAUACUGGUUUCUUUAGCUUCCUGUUGGCAGUUGGAACUGUGAAACGCUUCACUUAGCUUCCGGUGGAUCGUAUGUAGCAUACGCUCCCCAACGACCCUCCUGUUGGUGUGACCCUUCCAUCACUCUGGUCUCUCAGGGAGAUAUAGACACCUGAAGAGCUUGUAGGAUGAAGAUAAUGGCAUUUUUGUUUGUUUUGUUUGUUUGUUUUUUAAAGACUUUCUUGCGUGGAUAUUUUGCGAGACACGAGUUGGAGCUGGAUCUUUGUGCCAUUGGAUGCUUGCAGGUGCUCUCUCUGCCUCCCGAGUCCAAACCUAACCAGCCAGCUGUCUGUCAAACUGCUGAAAUACGUAGAGGGUGCACAGACUUUUGCACAAAGUCGCCGCUGUUGUCCUUUAUUGUCUUUGGCUGCUGGGCAAAAAAAAAAAAAAACCCAACAAAAAACAAACAAAAAAAAAAAAUCAAAAAACAA